AUGCCCCCCCUCCGAACCCUUGCAGACAACAAGCCGAUGGCCCUCGCGGCCGCCGCGAUGCUGCUGCUGGCCCUCAGUGGGACGGCCAUGGCGCAGCAGACGGGCAUCUCCGCCCCCAGCAUCACCACCGUGAAGCCCCUGAGUGGUGGAGCGGACAUUUCCUUCACCCCCGGCACCGCCGCAGACGGCAUCACCAUCACCAACUACGUCAUCGACUGCAUCCAGGGAGCCGGCACCAUCGACCAGCAGACCUCCACAAUGGUCGUUCCCGCCAGCACCUCCAACAAGGUCACCGUGUCCAGCCUGAGCAACGGCCUUGCCACCACCUGCACCCUCACCGCCCGCGGAUCCAACCCCAGCGGCGGCAUCCUGAACCGGGUGGUGGACUCGGCCGAGUCUGCUGCCUCCCCGCUGUUCACCCCCGGCUCCAAGCAGACCGUGUCCGCAGGCGAGUCAGCCCCCGCUGAGACCACCCCCGAGGCCGUCGCCGUGCCCGAGCCUGCCAGCCCCAGCCCCAGCCCCCAGGCGAGCCCCAGCCCCAGCCCCCGCGCCAGCCCCAGCCCUGCUGCCUCCGCUCUUGAUGCCCCCUCCAUCACCGGAGUGAAGGCCACUGACGGCGGCGCAGACAUCACCUUCACCCCCGGCUCCAGCGAUGCCAGCUCCUACACCAUUGACUGCGUGCAGGCCGCCGGCACUGUCGACCAGCAGGAGGUGUCCCAGACAGUGGCUGCCCCCAGCAACGGCAACAAGGUCUCCGUCACCGGCCUUGCCAACGGCCUGCGCACGACCUGCACCCUCACCGGCCGCGCCGCCAACCCCAGCGGCGGCCUUUUCAGCCGCAAUGUCGAGUCCGCACCCUCCGCGGCGUCCCAGAGCUUCCUGCCCAGCGCCAGCGCAGGGUCUUCCACUGUCGCCCCCCAAGCCGCCACCACGGCCCCUGCCGAGAUCGACGUCGCAACGAGCCCCAGCCCCAGCCCCAGCCCCAGCCCCAGCCCCAGCCCGGUGCCCAGCCCCAGCCCCAGCCCCAGCGCUGCAGUCACCAGCGUGCAGGCGCCCACCAUCACCAGCGUCAAGGCCACCGAUGGCGGCGCGGACCUGCGCUUCACCUCCGACGCCGAGGAUGUCGCCGCUUUUGUCAUCGACUGCGUGCAGGCCGCCGGCACCGUCGACCAGCAGGAGGUGUCCCUGACGGUUCCUGCCCCCAGCAACGGCGACAAGGUCUCCGUCACCGGCCUCGCCAACGGCCUGCGCACGACCUGCACCCUGACCGCCCGCGCCACCAACCCCGACGGCGGCCUGCUCGACCGCUUCAUCGACUCUGCGCCGUCUGAGGAGUCCCAGAGCUUCGUCCCCGCCGCCAUGGCGGGAGAGUCCUCCACCCCCGCCGCCGUCACCGCCGUCAGCCCCAGCCCAGCCGCCGCCAGCCCCAGCCCGGUCGCCGCCAGCCCCAGCCCCGUCGCCGCCAGCCCCAGCCCCAGCCCCGUCGCCGCCCCUGCCGCGAGCUCUGUGGCCGCCCCCGUCAUCCGCUCCGUCAAGCCCGUCGACAGCGGCGCCGAGAUCACCUUUGCGCCCUCCACCACCGCCGGCGUCAGCGCCUACGUCGUGGACUGCAUCCAGGCUGCCGGCACCGUCGACCAGCAGGAGGUGUCCCAGACCUUCAGCCCCUCCUCCUCCAACAAGGCGGUGGUCAACAGCCUGUCCAACGGCCUCUCCACCACCUGCACCACUCACCGCCCGCGCCCCUAA